AUGAUGGAGCCGCAUAAUUUGGCGAUCUGCUUCGGUCCCACCUUGCUUCCAAUUCCUGAAGGCAAAGAUCAAGUGUUCUAUCAUAACUAUGUCAACGAACUUGUGAGGAAUCUCAUAAUUCACGCUGAUGAAGUGUUCCCACGAGACAUUCCUGGUCCAAUCUACGAUAAAUACGCUAUGCAGCGACCAGACGAUGGUCAUUUCACCGAGGAAAACGAUUUGGUUUCUGAGGAUGACGACGUUACUGAUAAAACUCCAAACAUGCGGAAUAUGUACGGCUCGACGUAUGAAUCGGCUGAUCGAGGAAUGAUCCCAUCCCCCAUGCUUUGUCACACCAAUACGACCUCAUCACAAGCAAACACAAAUGGUGCUUCUCCACAUGAAAAUGAUUUUCCACCAAUGCCAUCUAGCAGAUCAUCGAAUCGAUCGGAACAAUCCAAAGAUGAGUCCCUUCCUCCACUACUGCGCACGGAAAUGCCUCAUCGAAUCGCGAAUGAACUCAACAAUAUAUUCAAAAACUCGGAUAGUGCAGGCGUGACGUCGAUGCUUCGACACUCGCACGUUGAGACACACGAAGAACGCGAUUACGUCUCGCCGCCGGCAUUACUCUCAUCGCAAUACGCCGCUUCAUGUUCGAUUAGUCCCAUUGGUGGCGGCAGCAGCGGCAAACAACGCGAUUAUCAAGAAAUCGACGAUGUUGUUGACGCGCGCGACGCCCGUGACGCACUCUACGCUCCGAUGAUCAAGCAGCGCGCGACGACAUUGCCGGCAUCGAGUAACGGCGGAAGUCUGUCUGACAUGUCGGUUGUCUCGGCUGGAGCGGCAUCGACAGGGCCGAAAAAUGCCAGCCUGAUAUUAUCAAUUCUUCGCGUCCUCGACCAGUAUCGCCAACUCUCGACGAUAUCGUCGCGGCAUUGA